UGGGGGUGUUUCACUUCAUCUUCCAACACCACCGCGCGCGUGCCUCCUUUUCCGCCGUUCUUCCGGAGAUACCCAGGAGUUACAUUCGAACCACCACCGUCCGUUCGCCUUUCAGACUUCACACCACAGAGCGAUGUCUUCGGUCAAGACCUCGAAAUUCGUGUACCGGUCCACCGCCGGAGGGGCCGGGGACCUCAGCAUCGAAUAUGGAACCGAUCUGGGUGCUUUUACCAGACUCGAGGACAAAAUCCGACUUCUACAGGAAGAUCUCGAAUCUGAAAGAGAGCUUAGGCAGAGGAUUGAGAGAGAACGAUCUGAUCUUACCGUCCAGCUAAUGCAAAUUUCAGAACGAUUAGAAGAAGCUGAAGGUAGCAGCGAAAGUCAGCUGGAGAUGAACAAAAAGCGCGAUUUGGAGCUGUCAAAGCUGCGAAAACUGUUGGACGACGUGCACCUGGAGAGCGAGGAGAACGCACACCACCUCAGAAAGAAACACCAGGAGGCCAUUGUGGAACUGCAGGACCAAUUGGACCAGGCCAAUAAGUCUAAGGCAAAGAUUGAAAGGGAAAAGCAAAAAUUCCAAGCUGAAGUAUACGAUUUACUCUCACAAGUUGAGCUGGCUAACAAAGACAAAGUUGCCGCCCAAAAGACAGUGGAGAGGCUCGAGAUAACCAUCCAUGACUUGAACAUCCACAUCGAGGAGUUGAACCGCCAAGUGACCGAGAUCAGCUCCCAGAGAAGCCGCCUCUCCUCCGAGAACACCGAACUCAUGAAAGAGGUGCAGGAGUACAAGCUGCACUUGGACAAUGCCAACCACCUGAAGGGUCAACUAGCCGUUCAGCUGGAAGAGAUUAGGAGGAGGCUGGAAGACGAGGAGAGGCGCCGCUCUGCUUUAGAACAGCACAACCACACUCUGGAGGUUGAGGUCGAGAGCCUGAAGACUCAACUCGACGAGGAGUCCGAAGCCCGCAUUGACCUCGAGAGGCAACUCUCCAAGGCCAACGGAGAAGCUGCCACCUGGAAGUCCAAGUACGAAGCUGAAUGCACGGCACAUGCCGAUGAGGUUGACGAGCUCAGACGCCGCCUCGCCCAGAAGACCGCCGAGUACGAGGAACAGCUCCAGGCCCUGCUGAACAAAUGCAGCGCCUUGGAGAAGCACAAGUCCAGGCUGCAGAGCGAAGUCGAGGUCCUCAUCAUGGAUCUCGAGAAGGCCACUACCCACGCCCAGAACCUGGAGAAGCGAGUCUCUCAGCUCGAGAAGGUGAAUCACGACCUGAAGAGCAAAGUGGACGAGCUGAUCGCUCUGCUGGAGGCCGCACAGAGAGACUUCCGAGCCAAGGUGGCCGAGCUUCAGAAGCUGCAGCACGACUUCGACAAGCUCAAGGAUCUGAAGGAAGCACUGGCCAGGGAGAACAAGAAGCUCGCAGACGACCUCGGCGACUGCAAGGCCCAGCUGAGCGAUGCCACCCGCCGAAUCCAUGAGAUGGACCUCGAGAUCAAGAGAUUGGAAACCGAAAGGGAAGAACUGAGUGCAGCCUACAGGGAAGCCGAAUCCCUCAGGAAGCAGGAGGAGGCCAAGGCCCAGCGCCUUGCCCAGGAACUGGCUCAGAUGAGACACGACUACGAGAAGAGGCUGGCUGCAAAGGAGGAAGAGCUGGAGGCUCUCAGGAAACAGUACCAGAUCGAAGUAGACCAGCUGAACAUGAGGCUGGCCGAGGCAGAGGCCAAACUGAAGUCAGAGGUUGCCCGCAUCAAGAAGAAGAUGCAAGUGCAAAUCACAGAGCUGGAGAUGUCUUUGGACGUCGCCAACAAGCAGAACCUCGACCUUCAGAAGACCAUCAAGAAACAGGCCCUCCAAAUGCAGGAGUUGCAAUCUCACUACGACGAAGUGACCCGACAACUGCAGCAAGCCAUCGACCAACUGGGAGUUGCCCAGAGACGUGUCCAAACUUUGCAGAUGGAACUGGACGAAAUGAGAUCUACCGUGGAACAAGCCCAAAGAGGCAAGCGCCAAGCCGAGCAGAUGUACGAGGAGGCCCACAGCAAGGUGAACGAGUUGACCACCAUCAACGUCAACUUAUCCGCAGCCAAGAACAAGCUGGAAAGCGACUUCACCACUUUGCAAUCAGACUACGAAGAAGUGUCCAAAGAACUCAGGGUGGUUGACGAGAAGUACAACCGUACCAUCAUCGAGCUGAAGACAAUCAAAGAUCAGCUGACCGAAGAGCAGGAGCGCUGCGUCAAGAUCGAAUCCAUCAAGAAGUCUCUCGAGAUGGAAGUGCACAAUCUCCAAGUCAGGAUCGAGGAAGUAGAGGCAAACGCCCUGGCUGGAGGACGAAGGGUCAUCAGCAAGCUGGAGGCCAGGAUCAAGGACGUGGAAAUCGAAAUGGAAGAAGAGAAACGCCGCCACUCCGAGACCCAGAAGAGCAUGCGAAAGAAAGAAAAUCGCCUUCGGGAGUUGAUGCUGCAGACGGAGGAUGACCACAAGACCAUCACCAUGCUCAACGACGCCGUCGAGAAGCUCAGCGAGAAGGUCAAGUUGUACAAGAGGCAACUCGAUGAAACGGAAGGCAUUUCUCAACAGAACUUGAGCAGAGUGCGCAGGUUCCAGAGGGAAUUGGAAGCUGCAGAAGACAGAGCCGAGGCAGCUGAAAGCAACCUCUCUAUGAUCAGAGCCAAACACAGAUCUUGGGUUACCACCAACCAGGUGCCAGGAGGUGUCCGCCAGGUGUUCGUGACGGAGGAAACCACCACCAGCAAUUACUAAACAGUAUUUGCCAACCGCUAUCACAUUGGACAAUUUCUUCUUUUCUGCUCAAAGGUUGCAAUGAGAGUAUUAAGGAACCAAAGACAAAAUAUCCGUCCGUUUAACUACUUCGCGAAAUUCACAGAUUUUUUUUUUUUUCAUACAACCUCUGAAAAUUUAUUUAAAACUUUAUAAUCCCCCCCUUUUUUUUUCAAAUGAUUGAUAACAUUCUUUUACUAGUUUCUUUCGGACACUCUGUUGUUUAACCUCUGAGCAUUAUGUGUCUCAAAUAUUGUAACAGCUUGUGAGAGAAUAAAUAUUGAUAUGGAGUAUCAAACAAAUUUCUUCAAACAGCAUUUUUAUUUAUUAUUCGGAGAAGCAAUAUUCAAAUUAUAUUUUUUUUAACAAAACAGACUAAAUGAGCUAUUCACACUAAAAUAAAGCUUUUCCGAGAGUGAUAAAUAACUUAAGCUACUAAAAAAAAUACCAGAUAUUUGCUGUUAUGUCUUGUCAUUUUUUUUGUAUAUUUUUUUGUGUUUGUUGACUUGUGGUUGUUACGCACUCAUAUGGUGAAAUUAUUUUAUUUACAUGCGUUGAUAUUAAUUUUUAGAGGAAACGAAUUAAGUGCACUGAUUGAAAACAUUUUAAAAGCUCUUUAUUGCUUAUGAAUUAUUUUAAAGACACCUUUGCUGAAGCAGCUUAGCUAAAUGCUCAUUAAGUUUUUGUAACUUCUAACUUGGGCGGUGUAAAAUACUUUAUGGUAGUCGAACCCUUUAAUCAUUCCUUGUAAGUCCCACGACAACUGCACAGAUGUGCUUGACAUUCACACGCGAGUUGCUUUGACCAAGUCCUAGAUCAAGGAGAAUGUCUGUGCUCAGAACUUUGCUUUGCGCUUGCCAAUGCAUGGCAGACGACAAAUGAUCAAAUACGGUGAACAUUUGAUGGAUCAAAACUUGGAGGGCGUUAAGCCAUAAAGUAUUCUUUUCCUAGUACUUGUACUCUUUCGUUUUGUUUUGUAACUCUUUAAAUUAAAAUAAAGAUAUUUAUCUUGUUC